UCCUCUCGACUUCGCCGCUGCUGCUGCGUAAAGGACGUAAAGUCCAGGCUCAUCAUAUUUGCGCUCUCGUGUUUCGUCAGUGAUGCACUAUCCCGUGCCUUCCCCCCCUACGAGGCAUGUCUCCUCCACACCACACCACUCCAGCUUCCUCGCAUGACUGUACCGCGCCGUGGACUCUUCCUCGCUGAACGCGCUCCUCCAGCCGCACGUCUGGUGUUCGUCCGGCCCACCGCAGCCGCCCGGCAGCUGUGCCCUCUGCUCCUGAAGGCAGUCCUCGCCAUGACCUCCCCUUCCUCCAGUACUGCCCAAAUUCGCUAAAUGGGAUUCGUGGCUGGCCCGAGGUUUCCACAGCAACUGGCCAUCCGCUUCCAUUAUUCUUCUAAUGAGGACAGCCUCACGGAUUUAACUCGCUUCCUCGCUGCGCGUCUCUGAUUUUUGGGCUGAAUCUCAAGACGCGUCAAAGGUCUGCACAUGGGGGCGGGCAAGAGCAAGCCCAAGGAGCCGGGCCAGCGCUCCAUGAGCCUGGACGGGACCAUCGGCACAGGCUCGGACAGCGGGCACUUCCACCACUUGGGCCCUGCGCAGCAGACUCAAACCCCCAACAGGAGCCCUGCGGUGGGGACAGGCAGGAGGGUGCAUCAAGGGCAGCACCAGCAUGCCCCGACAAACACUCCUGAGAUGGCUCUGUUUGGUGGGGUGGACCACACGGGAACCAUCACCUCGCCUCAACGUGGACCUCUGUCAGGAGGUGUCACUACUUUUGUAGCGCUGUAUGACUAUGAGUCACGGACAGCGUCUGACCUGACCUUUAGGAAAGGCGACAGGCUGCAGAUUGUCAACAACACAGAAGGAGACUGGUGGCUCGCUCGCUCAUUAACGACAGGAGAGAGCGGAUACAUCCCGAGCAACUACGUGGCUCCUUCUGACUCCAUCCAAGCAGAAGAGUGGUAUUUUGGGAAGAUCACUCGGCGCGACUCAGAGAGGCUUCUUUUGAACUUGCAGAACAGACGAGGAACCUUCCUGGUGAGAGAGAGCGAGACCACGAAAGGGGCAUACUGCCUGUCAGUGCUGGAUUAUGACAACACCAAAGGCCUGAAUGUUAAACAUUACAAGAUCAGGAAGCUGGACAGUGGCGGAUUCUACAUCACCUCCCGCACCCAGUUCACCAGCCUGCAGCAGCUAGUCUUCCACUACCGCAAGCACUCUGAUGGUUUGUGCCACGCUCUGACAGAUGUGUGUCCUGUGGCCAAACCUCAGACCCAGGGACUGGCCAGAGACGCCUGGGAGAUUCCCAGAGAGUCCCUCCGCCUCGACCUCAAACUAGGACAGGGCUGCUUUGGAGAAGUCUGGAUGGGUACGUGGAACGGUACAACACGGGUAGCCAUUAAGACACUAAAACCUGGCACCAUGUCUCCAGAGGCAUUUCUUCAGGAAGCUCAGGUCAUGAAGAAGCUGAGGCACGAGAAGCUGGUGCAGCUUUACGCUGUCGUGUCUGAGGAGCCGAUCUACAUCGUGACUGAAUACAUGAGCCAAGGUAGCUUACUGGACUUCCUCAGGGAUGCAGGAAAGAUGCUUCGUCUGCCUCAGCUGGUCGACAUGGCCGCUCAGAUUGCAGCAGGCAUGGCCUACGUGGAGAGGAUGAACUACGUCCACAGAGACCUGCGUGCUGCAAACAUCCUGGUGGGAGACAGUCUGGUGUGUAAAGUAGCCGACUUUGGUCUGGCAAGACUCAUCGAAGACAACGAGUACACAGCGAGGCAGGGAGCUAAGUUUCCCAUCAAGUGGACGGCACCGGAGGCAGCUCUGUACGGUCGAUUCACCAUCAAGUCUGACGUCUGGUCCUUUGGUGUGCUGCUCACAGAGCUGGCAACUAAAGGCCGAGUCCCCUAUCCAGGUAUGGUUAACCGUGAAGUGCUGGACCAGGUGGAGCGCGGCUACAGGAUGCCCUGCCCGUCUGAGUGCCCCAGCUCCUUACACGAGCUCAUGCUCUCCUGCUGGAGGAAAGACCCAGAGGAGAGGCCGACGUUUGAGUACCUGCAGGGCUUCCUAGAGGACUACUUCACCUCCACAGAACCCCAGUAUCAGCCAGGGGAGAACCUAUAGAACCACACUGAACCAAACCUUGGGAGGGGGGAACCUCUACACUGAACAAUCUGCACUAAAUGACCUCAGAGGAGAACCUGCGGGAGGAUCUGAGCCUGUGAAACUCACCUGAGAGGAACUCGAGAUUCUUCUGUAGGAGUAAAACCGAGAGAGAAACUGUUGAAGCUAUCAUGUGCCAUAAAGGAACUGCUACAGAAGAACCUGGAGGUCCUCCUCUCUGCAAGCUCUCACUGUUUACUCAGUUUCCCUGCAGGAGUGAGACAUCAGGCUGUGAAAGGGAACUCCUGCUGGACCAACUCUGGCUCUGAUUUGACUGGGGGAAUUAUACAUUUGUGGGUAAAUGUUCCUGAGAGGUACGACUGCUGUGGGAGGAACCCAAUCAGGAUUUCAGAUGGAUCAAGAGGAAAAGAAUAACCUCCAGACGAAGAGAGAAGGUCAGGGGAGGUUGUUUCAAUGAGACAUUUAGCGAACCCUCCCUCUUUCCCUCUUCUGUCAUGUCUCUCCGCCCUCGUCUGGUCCCCUGCUCUGCCCACAGGACAGCUCCUCCCGCUGUGGCUCAGGUGCAAAAGUCAAAUCUGUCUCCUCUCCAAACGUCCUUUAUGUCCCUUCUGCCUCUCUUCCUCUAGUUUUCUGUCUGACUUUAGUAUCUCUCCUUCAGUUUUUUUCUCAAGUGCUGCUUCUUCAAAGUGUCUCCAAAAAAAACUCAGCUCUGGAACUCGACUUUGCAUCUUGAUUUAGGUUUAUUUGGACAAACUGUGUCCUGUAUUUGAAGGUUUUUGUUCAGUAGCAAACAGAGACCCCUAGUUUUCCUGAUUCUUUCUGUGAUUAUGAGUAGGAAAAGCUAUUGGAGCCUCUAUUAAGGUAGUGCUGAGGUAACUGUGCUCAGCAGGCUGAUCCUGUAACACUGAAAAUUAGGUUAAUUGAAUUAAAACUUGAGGCCUUCUCUUGUUUAACCCUCCUCCUCUUCUCUUGCUGUAUUUGUCCUCAUACAAUCAGCCGGAUCAAACCUCGACUAUUAAAACUACUUUUGAUGCAG